AUGGCCGCCAGAAAGGGAAAGACCAAGGAAGAGCAGCCAUCUUUGGCUUUGGGUCCACAAGCUCGUGAAGGAGAGAACGUAUUUGGAGUUGCUCACAUCUACGCUUCCUUCAACGACACCUUCGUUCACAUCACUGACUUGUCCGGUCGUGAAACUAUUGUUAAGGUUACUGGUGGUAUGAAGGUCAAGGCUGACAGGGAUGAAGCUUCACCAUACGCCGCUAUGUUGGCUGCUCAAGAUGUUGCUGAACGAUGCAAACAAGUAUUUUUUCUUUCUUUGUUUUGUCAUUUUUAGGCAAUUUUUUGGAUUUCCGGUUUGAGAAAAAUUGAUCAGGAAAAUUUUAAUGAUAUCCUAAAGGAGUUCACACCUAAUAAUUUUGUUUGAAUGCUUCAUGGUUAAUAGAAUUGAAGGCUUUAACACAUUCUUUUUAGCUCGGUAUCACCGCUUUGCACAUCAAACUGAGAGCCACUGGAGGAACCAAGACAAAGACCCCAGGACCUGGAUCACAAUCUGCUCUCCGCGCUUUGGCACGUUCCGGUAUGAAGAUUGGCCGCAUUGAAGAUGUGACUCCCAUCCCAACUGACCGCACACGCAGAAAGGGUGGACGUCGUGGUCGUCGAUUGUAA